ACUUUGAGAGAGAAUGAUGUCUCGAUGAUAAGCCGCGGGGUAGUCGGCUCGAGUGAGUUCUUUCUGAUUCAUCCGGGAUUCGGGAAGCACGCGCGACUUUGAGCGUUCUUGUCAGCGUUUGAGCGCAAAGGUGAGGACAAGUUCUGUUGAUAGAGAAGCGGUCUCUCAUCCCUCGAUGAUGUCGACGUUUAUCAGAUGCCGUCGUUAAGAUUCAGACUGCCGGUGUCGUGGAAACGACAAUCUGAUCUUCCAAUGGAAAAUUGUGGGAGAAGAAAUACUGAAGAAAUCGCUCGUUUCACGUUACAUUCAACAUGUGUCACAUUACCGACGAUAUUAAUAAUAAAAAGAAAAGGAGAAGCAGGACGGAACUGAAAAGCUUUCCCAAUAGAAGCAUAUUUGUUCUUAAAGUGGGUGUGUUACAGAGAUAAUUAAUUCAUUUCGACCAAUAAUCAAUCCCAAAUUACUAAUUGUUGUCGAACUGAUAUACAUAUAAUUGUCUGAGCGACGAUGAUUUUCGGUAAAGUGCGCGUUUUUCUCAGAGCUGAAGAGAUAUGUGCGUCUUCAAAUAUCAGUUGAUUGAUGGUUGUACAAUGAUAAACAUUGUCUGCGAGUGUGUAAACGGUAUUUUCUUCCUUUAUUAAUUCUUCAAUUACAUCAGAAAUGUCGACAAAUUGUGACCGUAGUGCUUUGCGCAAAUCAAAAUAAAGUUUGCGACAUGGAUUACGUCUCACGUGGAUAGUGCAUAUUUCUGUUGUUGUGCGGCAAUUAAUACCGACACUGCACUAAUUUGACGAGAAUGCAACCGCAACAUGAGCAACGACGUGAAAUCGUUGCCGAAUGCUGUUACCAGCAAUGGUCGAUGCAUCAUCAUUAUCAUCAUCAUCAGCAGCAUCAUCAACAACAGUAUCAACAUCAACAGCAUCAGCAAGUGGCCAUUGUGCCGUCGCCAAUGCAACAAAUGGAAGCCUGCUUACAGAGCGCCGGAAAAGUGAAGCGAUCAUCAUGUAGUCCUAAUCCGAUGAAGGCUGUUUUGCCAGUUCAUGUGGCGAAUCCGAUUUUCUCGUCAGCCACGAUGGAAUCUCGCAAUGACAGCAACAACAAUAAUCGUCAUCACAAUGAUCAUCAUCCAAACGAUGACGAGGCGGCGUCUGCCGAGGAACUGGGUGCCAAACGACCGCUUCAUCAGGCGUUGAUCGGUGCCGGUGCUGCCCUGGAAGCGAAGCCGUUGUGGGAGGAAUUUCAUCAGCUAGGCACCGAGAUGAUUGUUACGAAAGCCGGACGAAGAAUGUUCCCUACAUUUCAGUGUCGACUGUUCGGCUUGGAUCCCAACGCGGAAUAUCUGAUGGUGAUGGAUUUUGUCCCUUGCGACGAUAAAAGGUACCGAUACGCGUUUCACAGCAGCGCCUGGGUUGUGGCAGGUCGCGCCGAUCCUGUGUCACCCCCCAGAAUCCACGUGCACCCCGACAGUCCCGCAAGCGGCGCUCACUGGAUGAAGCAAUCGAUCUCUUUCGACAAAUUGAAGCUAACCAACAAUCAGCUUGACGAUAAUGGGCACAUUAUUUUAAAUUCGAUGCACCGUUAUCAACCACGAUGUCACGUGGUAGUCGCCCCUUCGCCACCAGGUUCAGCGCCGGAUCCCCGAACCGAGAAUUUCAAGACAUUCUCCUUCUCGGAAACCAGGUUCACCGCGGUGACCGCCUAUCAAAACCACCGGAUAACACAGUUAAAGAUCGCCAGUAACCCGUUCGCCAAAGGCUUCCGGGAUUGCGAGUCUGACGAGUGCGACGGUGUGGCGGCCGUAGCUAGCGUCGGGAUGCAGAAUCCCGCUAAGAGAUCGGCCACACACACAAGUGCCGGAAGUACCACUGGGGGCGUUUUGUUGUCCGGUUACAACGCGAUGCCGGCUACAAUGUCGUUCCCCGGAAUAUCUUCCGCUACCCAGGAGCACCAUCAGUUUUACGGUGCAACGGGCGCCGGUCAUUGGUCAACGCAUUAUCCCAGUCAUCAUGGACAACCGUCGGCGCACAUCAACUCGGCCCAUUAUCCGACACACACGCAACAUCCGCAUUCGGACGUUUCUCUCUAUGGACCGCGAUAAAACAAUUCAACAUCACUGUAUCAUAUUUAUUAUCGAUCAAACCCAGUAAACACAGAACGUUGCAGCAACAUUGCGGCAAUGUUGCAACAUCGAUUUCUGUAACGAAUACUUUUAACGUGUGUAUUCAACGAAUAAUAGGGUUUAAGCGUGUCAAUGAUUUCUAAUAUAUCACUAUUUUUAUAAAUCUGAUGAUAACUGAUCAUCGAGAAAAAUUGGCAUGUGGUUGAAAAAUAGUGAAAAUAAAAUGUAUUUUUCCGUCAUUUGUAUCUUUCUCACGAAUUGCAGUAAUCAACUGUGCACUAUCUUAUCGAUGGAAAUUUUUCUUCUUCUAAUUCUGUUAGAAUGAAAUCGUAUUAUAAAAGUAUAGUGUUAUUUACGAGGAUUGCCUGCAUUUUCGUGUCAUUUGACUGUACGUUUUCCCCAACUCUUUCUUUAUAAAUCACAUAUAAUUGCUAAUUGUUACGAGCAAUUAUUACAGUUCUUUCUGUUACGCAGAAAAAUUUAUCGGUGCCUUCACGUCUAUUUUAGA